CAUAUGAAAUCCCACGGAAGACAUUUAUUGCGCACUAGUGUUCCUACAAACUAGUUCCGGGUAUCAACAUUCUGGUGGCUAACAUUAGCUGGAACCGCAGUCUCCACUCCACAUUCUUCUUCAGAGUGGGUUAACAGACCUCCAGAACAGAAUGGAUGGCGAAGAGAGAACCUACGGUGGCUGCGAAGGGCCAGAUGCCAUGUAUGUGAAGUUGAUCUCUUCAGAUGGCCAUGAAUUUAUUGUGAAAAGAGAACACGCCUUGACAUCUGGGACUAUCAAAGCCAUGUUAAGCGGGCCAGGUCAGUUUGCUGAGAAUGAAACCAACGAAGUGAACUUCAGAGAGAUUCCCUCUCACGUCCUGUCCAAGGUCUGCAUGUACUUCACCUACAAGGUCCGUUACACCAACAGCUCCACAGAAAUACCGGAAUUCCCCAUCGCUCCGGAGAUCGCACUGGAACUGCUCAUGGCUGCAAACUUCUUGGAUUGCUAAGUUACAGAGAUAAUGUAGCCACUUAAAACAUUUUAGAUUUAUUUUUCUUGAAUAUUUAAAUUGUUUUUCCAUAAACAUGAAAGAGUAUGUCACUUUGAGGAUUUUUUUUUCUUUUGCACUUCGCUUUUUGUCAUUAUUUUAGUGGUAUUAAAGACUUCAUUUUAAUGUAAUCAAUGGAUAUGGCAAGCUUCAUCACUUGCUCCAGAAUGUGAUAAACAUGCCCCAGACCCAUAAAUCUUUCCUCACCUCUCCAGCCUAAUAAAGACCUGUUUGGUGAGCAA